CCCUUCGCACACGCCCACGGCUUGUAUAACACUCGGGUCUGCGUGGCUGCCGGCGGCCGCACGCAGCCACGCUGCUCCGGGCGGUGCUGAGGAUGCGGCGGGGACAAGGGAAGCGAAAGGCCGAGGUCACGGAGGUGCCGCACGUGUCUCGGAGGAGGACGGAGGGGGAGGAGGCGAUACAGGAGGCCCGUCGGAGGGCGGCCCCGUCCGUUCGAGAGUUCAAGUACAACAAAAAGCGGGUUCGCCUUGUCUCGCAGGGCUCGGACCUGAAGGAUGAUGCUCGGUGCAUCCUUUACUGGAUGUGCCGGGAUCAGCGAGUGCAAGAUAACUGGGCUUUCCUCUACGCCCAGCGCCUGGCCCUCAAACAGGAGCUGCCUCUGCACGUCUGCUUCUGCUUGGUGCCCAAAUUUCUGGACGCCACCAUCCGCCACUACAGGUUCAUGCUGAGGGGCCUACAGGAGGUAGCAGAGGAGUGUGCAGAGCUGCACAUCCCCUUCCACUUGCUGCUGGGCUAUGCCAAGGAUGUGCUGCCCACGUUUGUGGCGGAGCAUGGCGUGGGUGGGCUGGUGACAGACUUCAGUCCCCUCCGCCUCCCCCGGCAGUGGGUAGAGGACGUCAGGGAACGCUUGCCAGAGGAUGUGCCAUUUGCACAGGUUGAUGCCCACAACAUCGUGCCCUGCUGGGUUGCCUCCCCCAAGCAGGAGUACAGUGCCAGGACCAUCCGGGGCAAGAUCCACGCUCAGCUCCCAGAGUUCCUCACUGAGUUUCCCCCUGUUGUUCGUCACCCACAUCUGCCCCCCUGCCCAGCACAGCCCAUUGCUUGGGAGGCAUGUUAUUCCAGCUUGCAGGUGGACCACACCGUGAAGGAGGUGGAGUGGGCAACCCCUGGCACAGCUGCAGGGAUGGCUGUGCUGAAGUCCUUCAUUGCAGAGCGGCUGAAAUCCUUCAGCACCCACAGGAAUGAUCCCAACAAGGCAGCUCUCAGCAACCUGUCCCCAUGGCUUCACUUCGGCCAGGUUUCCACCCAAAGAGCCAUCCUGGAGGUGCAGAAGCACCGGCGCAAUUACAAGGACUCAGUGGAUGCAUUCGUAGAGGAGGCUGUGGUGCGGCGGGAGCUGGCUGAAAACUUCUGUUACUACAAUGAGAACUACGACAGCGUGCAGGGUGCCUAUGACUGGGCGCAAACCACCCUGAAGCUCCACGCCAAAGACAAGAGGCCUUAUCUGUACAGUCUGCAGGAGCUGGAGCAGGGGACCACACAUGACCCACUCUGGAAUGCUGCCCAGCUGCAGAUGGUCCAGGAGGGCAAGAUGCACGGCUUCCUGCGGAUGUACUGGGCCAAGAAGAUCCUGGAGUGGACGCGCUCUCCUGAGGAGGCCCUGAAGUUUGCCAUCUACCUCAACGACCGCUACGAGCUGGACGGGAGGGACCCCAAUGGAUACGUAGCAGGCUGCCUGUGGUCCAUCUGCGGCAUUCACGACCAGGGCUGGGCGGAGCGGCCCAUCUUCGGGAAGAUUCGCUACAUGAACUACGCCGGCUGCAAGCGCAAGUUCGAUGUGGACCAGUUUGAGCGUCGCUACGCCCCCACACACUCCCAGUGACCCUCUGUGCUGGGCAGAUGUGCUUUGCCAAGCUUGCAGGGAUCACCCUGGGAUAUUGAAGGGCUCACUGUAGCAGCAGCAAGCUCCAGGGUUUUGCAGGUCUUUGCCAUCACCCACUGCUUGAGUUGCCACACUGGGGCAGCUGCUGGAGCCCUUUUGUUGCCACAAGUUUGCUGGCAGCUGUGAGCGCCCAUCCUCAGCAUGCCUGUGCCUGCCAGAAACCUUUCUAUAACCAAGGCCUCAGGAGUAGCCCAGGUCACCAUUGCUGCUGGUAACCACAGCUGAGAUUUGGGCUGAGCAGGGUGUUUCUAGGGAAAAGCCCCCAGAAGAGGCUCUUUGUGGAGCCAGUGCUGGGCUGUCAUCUUUCAACAGCUGUUUUAAAGUUUACAGUUUCUGUCA